AAACAUGGCUCAUGAUGUUUGCAUGAGCUCAAAAUCAAACUUGUACUAAGUGCCGCCUCUUCCUACUACUAAGAAAAUAACGGUUCGCUACAGGCAUGAUACUUCAUACUAGAGCCACAAUUUAAAAAUUGAAGAAAACAGCUGUAUUGAUUUGGUAUCGUCAAAGGUAUCGUAUUGUCUUUAUCAGCCUUUGUAAGUUGAAAAUUCAAAUACACUACAAAUACAAUGGAUAAACCCACUAGAACUACUAGAAAAAGAAAAGUUGAGUUGUCUGAAGAUGAUUCACCGAAAAAAAAACCAAAGACUACUGCCAAACAAGGUUCUACCAGUAAAGUAAAUAAAGUUACGAAAACUAACAAGGAAAAAAUAGAAGUUAAUAAAGAAUUUGAGACAGAAAAUAUUAAUGAAGAUGAAGACCAAAAUGAUUGUAUUUGGGAUGAAUCAGAGAUGUUAUCGCAUGUUGAAAAAAUUCCCUAUGGGUUAGCCAAAAACUUUAUAGGUCUCUUGACCGAAGGAUGCACUUUACCAUUUAUUGCUAGGUACCGGAAAGUUGCAGUAAAUAAUUUGAUGCCUGAUAGACUCCAAGAUCUCUUUGAGAGCUAUCAGAAUGUGGUCCAGUUGAAGAAAAAAGUAAAAACAGUUUUAGCCACCCUUAAAAAAUCAAAUAAAUUAACACCAGAGGUUGAAAAAAGUAUUUUAAAUGCACAAAACUUGUCUGAAAUUGAACUUGUGUAUGCACCACUAAAAUCGCACUCUCUAUCAUUGGCUGAGAGGGCACGCAAAUUAGGCUUAGAACCUCAUUCCAUUAGGGCUUUGAAUGGUGAAUAUGUUGACAUGAAGAUGCUUUGCAGCAGUGAUGAUGACCUAUCCAGCAUUGAUAAAGUUGAUGCUCAUAUUACUCAUAUUAUUGCUGAUAUUAUUUACAAGGAUACUAGAGUUCUAGAGACAAUGAGGAGUUUGAAAGAAGAGACUAGAUUUAUAAUACAAAGUAGCAGAACUAAAAGUUCAACCAAAGAAAGCAAAGAACCCGAAAACAAAAAAGUAGAUCAAAAAUCGAAUCCAGAAACCUAUAAAAUUUACUUUGAUUGGAAAUGUCCGAGCCACUUUGUGAAACCACACCAAACUUUAGCUUUAAACAGGGGUGAGGAUGAAAAGAUACUAUCCGUUAAAGUUAUUGUUCCUGAUUGGUUUUACAAUAAAUUGGAGAAAUUCUGCCUAUCUUUGUGGAAAAGUGGUCAUUGGGUUCGCAAAGGACUUGGUGAUGCGUAUAAUCGUCUAAUAAAGCCCUGGUUGUCGCGACAAGUCAGAAAUGAUUUAACCAUUGCCGCACAAAAAGAAGCCAUAAAAACAUUCACAGCUAAUCUAGAGAAAUAUCUCUUAACGGAACCUAUUAAAAAUCGGGUUAUUAUGGGUUUAGAUCCCGGAUUCAAAGCUGGCUGUAAGGUAGGCGUUAUUAGUCCGACCGGGGACAAAUUGGAAAUAUGCACUCUACAUCCAGAUUUACGAUGUAAAAAUGCUAACGAUCCGGCAGCCACCCAACUCAAACACCUCUUACGGAAACAUAAAGUUGAUUUAAUAGGGUUGGGAAAUGGGACAGCGUGCCGCGAAACCGAAUCUUGGUUGAAAAAUCACCAAAUAUCUGAAGACAUCCCGGUCAUUAUAGUGCCUGAACAGGGCGCGUCCAUAUACUCCGUCAGUAAAGAAGCUCAGAAGGAACAUCCUAAUAUGGACCCUAAUUUAAUAUCGGCGUUGUCUAUAGCGAGAAGAGUUUUAGAUCCUUUGGGUGAACUAAUAAAGGUGGAACCAAAACAUUUGGGCGUUGGACUGUAUCAGCAUGACAUUCCACCGAAAAUGCUAGACUCGGCAUUAGAUUGUGCUGUUGAAAAGAUUGUCAGUUUAGUUGGUGUGGAUCUGAACACCGCAUCUCAAGCCAUGUUAAGACGUAUUUCAGGGUUAAAUGAGGGACGAGCGAAAAAGAUUAUAGCGUAUCGACAAGAGAACGGUGGAUUUAACUCCAGAGCGGAGAUUUUAAAGGUGACCGGCAUAGGAAAGAUAACUUACCAACAGUGCGCUGGGUUUCUCAAAGUGUUGGGCGGGUCGGAAAUCUUGGAUGCUACGAUUAUUCACCCGGAAAGUUAUAAAAUUGCGAAAACAUUCGCAAAAAAACUUGGUGUUGACUUAAAAGAGCUCUCGCAAUCACAUUUCCCAGAAUUAGUUGAGAGGAAGUUAUUAUCAAUAGAUGUUCAUGGAAUGAGCGAAGAGUUAAAGACGGACGAUUCUACACUAGAACUUAUAAUAAACGCUUUCAAGCAGAAGACUCAUGAAGAUAGCAUCAUAACGUUCUGUAGACCUGUUUAUUCUAUUUCGAUUCAAGCCACGGAACAAAUCCAGGAAGGAAUGUCUUUGACAGGUGUGGUAAGGAACGUAGUUCCGUUCGGCUGUUUUGUGGACUGCGGCGUGGGUGACAAUGGACUCAUACACAGAAGUAAAUUGAACGGGAACCAAACGCCGAAGCUUGGCGAUAGAGUCGCCGUCACUGUCAUCGCUUCGCCCAAACCAAAGAAACUACAGUUAAGACUUGACAAAAUACUUGACUGAUUUACUUUAGGUAACGCUAUGAUUAUUGUGAUAUAGAUUAAAAUCGAUUAAGGACCUUAAGCAGUUGGUAUAAAUGCUAAUUUAUAAUGACUAAUUCGAACUCCACCAAAAUGCCAUAUAGGUUGAGAAGAAGCCCAUAUUUUUUUAUGUAUUUUGUUAUUUUGCGCAUUUUUUGUUUUGUUCUUUAAUAUCUAUUUUUUACUCAAUAAGGCUAAUGGGUAAUAAUUGACAUUGAUUGUAAAAAUAAUCUUGUUUAUUAAUUAAGAAAAUAAACAAUUAACACGAA